AUCGAAAUGAGCAAAAGGCGCCGUGGAAGCAAUUCUUCCAGCAAGAGCAAAUGACAUUAGCAUUACAAAUAAGAAAAAGGAUGCUUGUUUCAGCUUGCUUCACAUCGGAUGAAAACGCAAGCGAUCUUCUAGAUCAUCUUUUCUCUCUAUCAUAGGAUCCACCAAUGCAAAGAAAAGAUCAUCGAAGAUGAAAUGCGAUCUGACGGAACAGGAGAACUAGAAAGGCUACCAGUACUAGAGGAUUCGAAUUAUACACAAAUCCGCAUGUACUUGCGCGGAAUGACCUUGCCGUAUUCGAAACAGAGAGAACUUGUGUGAAUGUAAUUAUUGCCAACACCAACCGCUAUCGGUACCGCCACCAAGAACGAUCAAACCGACUAGAACUUCUACAACACCCCAAACACCAAAAAAAGUGGUAGGAGUGCGCAAUGCUAACGUCAUUAGUAAUUUCAUUUUCCCAUUGAUUUCCCUGUAGGUCCGGUAGGAAGAAGGGAACUGUAUGUCAUUUUCGAAUGGUCGCUCAAAUGCAUCUACCUAGAUUUUUAUUGAUCUAUCUUGAACUUUGUUUUAGAAACUUUUACGCACCACCUUCGUGUUCUGCAUCAUGAUUAUUAACCUAGACCUAGUCCUAGUCCUAAAUUGUAAUUAUUCAAACCAAGCGAACAACAAUACCCGGGAGCACGAGUUAAGGCCAUUCUGUUGUGUAGCAGAUAAAUUAUUAUGAAUAGUUAGUCUACUUGGGUGCACUUACUAUGUAUAGGGUGGACAGUGGCAGUGCUAUCUAUUUUUAGACCUAUUACGUGGAAACUGCCAUGCACGCCAACCGACUGCCAGCCACCAUACCACGGACAGACCAAGGAAGAGAUAAUUAAUAAGACCACGGAUGGCUUCGGUUGUUGAUCUUGGUGAGCUAGCACCCAUAAGCAAGAUCAACUUCGCCGUACCGAUCUCAUCGCGAGCACCUACAUCUCUUCCUUCUCUUGGCAGGACCUUAUGAUUAUGUGGCAGAAGUCAGGAGCUUUUACUUUGCGCGCUCUAGACCUACUUUUCUUACCCUUAUUUCAUUCCUUAUAAUGGCUACCUUACACCAACCUAACUCUUUAUGUGCUUCUGUACCUUAUGCAGGUACUUCUAUUACACAAGAAUCUGAUUUUAAACACAUUCUCUCCAUCAUCCAAACUUUCUAAACACAUCACUCAGGAAAAUACACACACACAAAAAAUGACCUCUACGACGCAGCAGACCAGAAGUCUCACCUGUGAUCAGGAUUUUCUUUCAUCUCUCGUGAAGUAUUUUUUUCAACUAUCUAAGGUCUACAUCCUUAUCUCUUUAGAAUAUUGCUUUUCGUAAAGCAUUUGGGAAGAUAUAAGUAUUUGUUAAAGAUAAAGAAGUUUCAUGUUUAUGGCAUUUUCAGCAAACUUGUUUCUGUUCGCUGACAAAAGAAAACUUGCUGUUCGUCUUCUCAUACGCUAGUGCGUUCUAUAUAAUUUGUCAGAAUUUUUAUGGACGAUCUUGAAGAAAAAAUGAACAGGAAUUGAUUGUGAUCAGAACGCUUGCAAAUCGGACUUGUAACAGCCACCACAAGAUACAUACGUCAAGUCUUGUAAUCAGAAACGAAAGCAAAAGUCGAAUUGAUUCUUAUUCUUCUAGGAGCGAACGGAAAGUGUAUUUAUGCAAUUGAGACCCCUUCGUAAGUCAACGAAAAUAUACAGUUGUAAGAAGGUGCUAGUACUACGAAAACUUUUCCAAACAGCUGGCGAAGCUACCUACAGCUAGCGUAGGUUGUACACCUACAAAGGCCUGAAUAACUAAUGGGAAUGCUCAUCAUUAAUAUAACUCUGAAACUACAGUAUGUUGACCAUCAUGUAAAAAGUAGCACCAGUUUUAGAAGUCAUGCCAGUGCAUCAUCUACAUUAACUGGAAAUUGUCUUCCUCAUGAUUAAUUGCACGACGUCGGUUUUUUACCAGCUACUACAACAAAGCAACGACUUCCCUCAUCGCUGUCCCUCGUACGAUGCAGGAUUUGCUUGAGCGAGAAGCUGCAACGCCAUUUCUACUCAUCGAUCGAUGCAGUCGAUGUGUGGCUGCGGUCCUCGCCAUGAAAAAUGUAACAUGUAAAGAUUAUUUCAUGAUUUGCAAAUAACGCAGGAUGAGCGUCUCCAAACGUUAUUUUUCUCAAGUUCGAGCCCUCUCUCGGCCGACGUAGUGUGAAGAACUUCGCUCCCUCACGUCGCCUCCGGGCGUAGAGGUGCGGCAGUCGCAGCUGCGAGAGAUAUGCGCUCUGUGGAGACGCCCUGACUAUAUAUAUAUCUAUAAUUGAUUGGCUUUCUCUUAUCCUUUUCCGGUACUACAAGAACCGGCACUACAACAUAUGACAAGUGCUAGAUAAAAAGUAGAACAAAAAACAACAUAUUCAACGUCAUCAUGAUCUGAUGCUUCAACUCCAUAGGACGAAUCUACAGUGGUCAUGAUGCAGAAAUGAUUGCGUUAUUCAUUCAAUAUUCAUUGAGUGAAGACGAAGGAAAAGAUCAUCACCAGUUUCCAAUCUUUUGCAUUAAAUGUGUCUGAAGAUUUAUAUUGCUAUGUUGGGUGGAAACAAAAUUUAAAUGAUGAAUUUCACUCGUCUGAGCAUUAUUUUCCUCCUCUUGUUGCAGAAUUUCCAAAAUAUGUACAUGCAAAACACGACUCGGC